AUGGAAGAAUGGGGCAACACAACUGCAGUGACUGAAUUCGUUCUAAUAGGCCUCUCCAGAAACCCCAAAGCACGUGCUGUUUUGUUUAUUCUCUUCUUGCUGAUGUACGUGGUUGCUGUAGCUGGGAAUGGACUUAUUGUGGUGCUCAUUGUGAUGGAUUCGCACCUCCAUACACCCAUGUAUUUCUUCCUCAGCAACCUCUCCCUCAUUGAUGUCUGCUAUGUCACCACCUCUGUCCCACAGAUGCUGGCCCACUGCUUCACAGACAGGCCCACAAUCCCCAAGGGCAGAUGCUUUGCACAAAUGAGCAUUGCUCUGUUUUUGGCAGUGGCCGAGUGCCUUUUGCUAGCAAUGAUGGCGUAUGACCGUCUUGUGGCAAUAUGCUACCCUCUACGUUACAGCUUAAUCAUGAGCCAAAAGUUGUGCAUCUCUCUGGCAGUCAGCCUGUGGUCUAGCUCUUUCCUCCUGACCAUUGUUCCCUUUUUCAGUAUGCAGGCACGCUUGUGUGGGCCCAAUGUGGUGAAUCAUUUCAAAUGUGAGCUCCAGGCAGUGUUGAAAUUGGCCUGCUCUAAUACCCAAGCCAGUGGAGUCAGCAUGAUGGUAACCAGUGUCUUCACUCUGGUGUUCCCCUUCUCCUUUGUUUUGGUGACCUAUGGUCGCAUUGGUGUCGCUGUUCUCCGUAUCCGCUCAUCACAAGGCCGUAGUAAGGCCUUGUCAACCUGUGGUUCUCAUCUGGCUGUGGUGGGAAUUUUCUAUGGCACAACCUUGGCCAUGUACCUCAGGCCUCAAGCCAAAGCAUUCACUGACAAGGAAAAAGUAGUGGCUGUGUUUUAUGGGGUCGUCACUCCCAUGCUCAAUCCCAUGAUCUACAGCCUGAGGAACAGGGAUGUGAAAGGAGCCCUGUGGAGAGCAAUUGGAAGGAAAGUGGAGGAAUAA